AUUUCCCUUUAUUCAUCAAGUUUCCUCUGACUGUUAAGUCCCGCUGGUCUCUGAGCUCCAGCCUUUUACAGCUGGACACACCUGGCCGUGUGUGUCCACGGGCGUGCCUCAGGUUGAACCAUGAUUGUCUUGAUGAAUGAUCUAUGGAAUGCUACCGAUGAGUGGGAUUAUGAUGAAUUUGGAAAUUUCAGCGGCACACCACCAACAGAAACAUAUAAUCCCUGUAGGAUAGACAAUGAGACACACAACAAGUAUGCAGUGGUGGUCAUCUAUGCCCUGGUCUUCGUGCUGAGCCUGCUGGGAAACUCCCUAGUGAUACUGGUUGUCUUACAUAGUCGGGUCAGCCAGUCUGUCACUGACGUCUACCUGCUGAACCUGGCCAUAGCCGACCUGCUCUUCGCCCUGACCUUGCCUCUCUGGGCCGCCUCCAAGGCACAGGGCUGGAUCUUUGGCACACCCCUGUGCAAGGUGGUCUCGCUCCUGAAGGAAGUCAACUUCUACAGUGGUAUUUUACUACUGGCCUGCAUCAGCGUGGACCGCUACCUGGCCAUUGUCCAUGCCACACGCACGUUGACCCAGAAGCGGCACUGGGUCAAGUUCAUAUGCUUAGGCAUCUGGGCCCUGUCCCUGAUCCUGUCCCUACCCAUCUUCGUCUUCCGCAGGGCCGUCAAUCCCCCCUACUCCAGCCCAGUCUGCUACGAGGACAUGGGUGCCAAUACAACAAAACUGCGGAUAGUGAUGCGGGCCCUGCCCCAGACCUUUGGCUUCCUCCUGCCGCUGGUGGUCAUGCUGUUCUGCUAUGGGCUCACCCUGCGCACCCUGUUUCAGGCCCACAUGGGGCAGAAGCACCGGGCCAUGCGGGUCAUCUUCGCUGUCGUGCUUGUCUUCCUGCUCUGUUGGCUGCCCUACAACCUGGUCCUGGUCGCAGACACCCUCAUGAGGCUCCGGGUGAUCAAGGAGACUUGUGAGCGCCGCAAUGACAUUGGCCGGGCCCUGGAUGCCACCGAGAUUCUGGGCUUCCUCCACAGCUGCCUCAAUCCCUUCAUCUACGCCUUCAUUGGCCAGAAGUUUCGCCAUGGACUCCUCAAGAUCAUGGCCUUCCAUGGGCUCAUCAGCAAGGAGUACUUGUCCAAGGACGGCAGGCCUUCCUUUGUUGGCUCUUCUUCAGCAAACACUUCUACUACCUUCUAAGCCCCCCACCCCGGCCCUGUCGCAGCCCCUCGGGGCUCCUCCCUCACCAUCAGCAUCCCGUUCCGAGCCUCAUGUCCACUGGCUGUUCACGGCCUCUGUGUCAAGGCAGCCCCCGGGUGUGGUUGCAGGAAGUGACUGGGGCCGUGCCCUUUUCAGGCCCGUUGUACAGUUUAGAAAGCCUGCCCUGGUCCCCCAGGCCUGACUAUACUUACUCUGUCAGCUGCUAGAGCUCAGUCCACCCUACCGCUGAGCCCACAGCACUCUGUUCUCUGAGGCAGUUAAAGACAUUUAAAAGGCAUUCCUUCAAGUGACUACAGAAAGUUCCUACAUGGGGAGGCAUCAGUGGUGAAUGGCAUUAGCUGCUGCCCCGACUGUCCCUUUCUCGCUAGCCAGCAAAGCCCACCUCCCUUGAGAGAGGCUGAGAAGGACAGAUACUCACUUUCGAAGACUCCCUUGGCUAGGAGUGGCCCUGCCAUUCACUUCGGACUACUUAGAUUUCAGGGCAAUGGUGUGCUGGUAAACCACUCUCCUGGGGGAAAGAAGUCCUGAUUUGUAGCAUUUACUGAGUUGCCCAGUAUAAAUGCUCCCGCCAUGGCGAUUUCAAGGGUUUUCAAGUAAUGUAAUGAGUGCUUUCACAAGCAGGUACAAACUGGCCCUAGGGCACUAUUGCUUAAGAGGAAGUCUGCUGGGUCCAGGGACUCCUGGGAAGUAGUCCUGAUUAAAAAAAGAGAGAGAGACACACACACACACACGCACACCCCCUUGGUUCUCACCUUUGAAUAUGGUUGUAGGAUCUGAUGUGACAAAGAGGCAAAAAGUGUGCUCAACACACUUAGGCAGAUGGAGCAGAUGAGAAUAAAGAGCCCAGAAAGAAGCUUAAGUGUAAAUGGCCAAUGAUUUUCAACAGGGGGCACCCAGACUAUUUAAUGGGGAAAGAAUGGUCAUUCAACAAAUGGUGUGGGCAAACCAGAUAUCCACACGCACAGGAAUGAGCUUGGUCCCUUUCCUUACACUAUGUACAAAAGUUGACUCAAAAUGGGUCAAAUACCUAAUGAUAAAAGCUGAAAUUAUAAGGAAAAGUUUCAUUUGGUUUGAGGUUGGGGAUGGAGAGAAGUUCAGAGAUAAGGUUUAGAUCAAGGUUAAGAGUGGAACCAGGGAUGAGGUUGGAGUUAGAGGUGAUGUGGCAGGGAGCCAGAGAUGGGGUGGCAGGUUGGGACAAGGUGGAAGGUCAGAAAAGGAUGAAUAUCAGGAACAGGGGGAGAUCCAGAAUGGGGAGAAGCUGGAGCUGGGGUUAAUGAGAUUCAGGGAGGUUCAGUGGGGUUGGGACCAGGUAUGGGGGGAAGUGUAGGAAUGGGAUGAGUGUGCUAGUGUGGUGAGUCUCAGGGAGAGAUGUCAGAACUGGAGUGAAUGUCAGGGGCUGCUAUUGUAGUCCAGUUAGUGGCUGGAGCAAAAAGACAUCACUGGUAGAUUCACCAUUUUCUGGGGAGCAUUGUCUAAAAUGCUUUUCUGGGGGCAAGGAUGGAGGUACCUUGGCUGUCCAGCUGAGGGUCUCCAAGUGGGUUGAUGAGAAAGGAGUUAGGGCUCAAGCCCUAAGAGAUAGAUCUGAUUCAGGAGAGAAGCCGGAAGAAUGCUGAAGAAAUCCAGGGAGGAGGACUGGCAACAGGGUCUGGGACUCUCCCCUUCCUCUCCCACCCUCCUUCUCCUAACGCCCUUCCACCUCUCAACUGCAAGCUUAAAUGUCCAUUUCCUCCAUCCUCUGAUGUCCCAAAGACAACUCUGUCAGGGGCUUCAGUAAGUAAAUAUGGAUCCAUAUUGUGUCUGGGGAAACACAAAUGACGAAUAUGUAUCUGAAAAGAUGCUUGGCCUCGCUAGUAACCUGGGAAGUGGGAAUCAAACAGCAAUAAAAUAACUUGGAAGUAUUUUAAAUAGGGAGGGUUAUAUAGUCGACUCUCAAACAACACAGGUUUGAAUUGUGUGGGUCCACUGAUAAUGUGGAUUUCAAAAAUAAAUACAGUACUGUAAA